CUUACGUUGUCUACGUCACCAGAUUUCAGCAGCGUGGACAUCUGUGGAGUAAAAAAAAAAACAACAUUGAUUUAAAGCUUUUAAGUUCAUGAAAAGUCACACAGUUUAUCGGUCUAAAUUGAAUCUUAUCUGUCCAUCAUUUCAAACGCUCUGGGGGAGUUUUGAAGAUAGAAACGGGCUGUUCUAGUUCUAGCUCACCGGCGCUGCUGACUCGUACUCAUCACUGCUAGAUUCAGGUGAAAAGAUGAGAGAUUUGCUCGCAUUUUUUGUGCAAAUUGCGAUUUUGUUUCUCCUCCUGGACUUCACCCAAGCAGCCAGGCAGCCGCAGGACAUCAGAUGUGGAGCUUGCAGGGCGCUCGUGGAUGAGAUGGAGUGGGCGAUCUCGCAGGUCGACCCCAAAAAAACAAUUCAGACCGGGUCAUUUAGGAUUAACCCCGAUGGGAGCCAGUCCAUCAGAGAGGUCCCUCUGGCGCGCUCUGAAGGAAACCUCUUGGACCUGAUGGAGUCUGUGUGUGAACGCAUGGAGGACUAUGGGGAGGUGGUGGAUUCUUCUGAGAGAAAAACCUACAUCAGGAUCAAGUCUCGGACCGGGGAAAGUCUGGACCUGUCCGAGGCCACACUGGACUCCAGAGUCACCUCCAGCUUAAAGUUUGCAUGUGAGACCAUAGUGGAGCAGCAUGAGGACGAACUGAUCGAGUUUUUCUCACACGAAAUGGAAAACGUCAAAGAUCAUCUCUGUAGCAAAAGGACGGAUCUAUGUGACCACGCCUUGAACAUCCCCCAUGACGAGCUUUGACACAGGACUGCUGCUGAAACCUCUGAAACGGAGACACCUGGUGCUGUAAAACCUCUAGUUUUGUUCACUUUGGUCAGUUUAUGAGAAGAGCAGUAAUGCCUUAACAUUUAUUUACAAUAUUGUUAUUUAAAGCUGUCUCACUCUGAUAAAACUAGCAAAAAGUGUUAUUUAAGUAGCCAUCAUGUUUUGAAAGUAUUGUAUUAGUUUUGCUGUUCAUUUUUCAGUCUUCUCCCAAAUGUUAUUACUCUUAUAUGAGUUUAAAAUGUGCACUGUGAAAUUAAUCCUUGUUUGUAAAAAAACAAACAGAAUGAUAAAAUUAUAUUAUUUUUACCAAAUUGUCCUGUUCUAGUAUCUAAAUAUAUUAGGAUGACAUUACACUCCUGUUUUAAACUUACCAGUCCACAUUUUUUGACACAAGGAAAACCGGAUAUCGGCACCAAUGCUAAAACAAUUGCUGGAUCGGGUAUCGGCUUCCAAAUAUCGGCAAGCUGAUGUAAUAUGACUAUUUACUGUUUAAACUUUUAUUUAUACAAAGCUCUUCUACAAUUACUAGUGGGCUAAAAAUGGCUACAUUUGGAUCACUUUUGUCUUAUUCAAAAGGAAAUAAAUACAUUUUUCUGUCAGAUGAUAUCCGGGAUCGGCAGAUACUUAAAGCUAUAGUAUCAAAAUCAGUAUCGGAAUUAUACAUUAUAUAAUUAAUGAACAUAAAUCGAUAGAAAAUGAUCGGAUUUAUAGCCAACUGCUUGCUCAUUCAUUAUAUAUAGUACGUCCGUUAGUUUCCACCAGAGAGCACUAUCACUGUCUCAAUUUGAAUAUAAUGUUGUUCUGUCUGAGGAUUUUGUGAAAUGAACUUAGCCUCGUAUGUGAAAUUUUCCUGAACUCUUUUUUUUUAUAUGAACUUUGUAAGUUUUUUCACCUUGUUUUGUCUUAAAAACCAAAUACAUUUGUACAACAUCGG